AUGAGAAACCGCACAGCAAUAACAACAUUCAUUCUUCUUGGACUAACAGAAGAUCCUCAGCUACAGGUUUUGAUUUUCAUUUUUCUACUUACCACCUAUAUGUUGAGUGUGACUGGAAAUUUGACCAUCAUUACACUCACCUUGGUAGAUUCUCAUCUUAAAACUCCUAUGUAUUUUUUCCUUCAAAAUUUCUCUUUCCUGGAGAUCUCUUUUACAACUGCUUGUGUUCCAAGAUUUUUGUAUAGUAUAUCUUCUGGAGACAGAACAAUUACCUACAAUGCCUGUGCCUGUCAAAUAUUUUUUACUGAUCUCUUUGGGGUAACUGAAUUUUUUCUUUUGGCAACCAUGUCUUAUGAUCGAUAUGUGGCAAUCUGCAAACCCUUGCAUUACAUGACCAUCAUAAGCAACAAAGUAUGCAAGACAAUGGUUAUUUGUUGUUGGAUGGCAUCAUUAAUGAUUAUCCUCCCACCACUCAGCAUGGGUUUGAAUCUAGAAUUUUGUGACUCCAAUAUAAUUGAUCAUUUUGGUUGUGAUGCAUCCCCUAUAUUAAAAAUCUCGUGUUCAGACACAUGGUUAAUUGAGCAGAUGGUUAUAGCCUGUGCAGUAUUGACUUUCAUCCUCACUCUGAUAUGUGUAGUUCUCUCCUACAUAUAUAUCAUAAGGACAAUUCUAAAAUUUCCUUCUGUCCAACAAAGGAAAAAGGCCUUUUCCACUUGUUCUUCCCACAUGAUUGUAGUUUCUAUUACGUAUGGCAGUUGUAUCUUCAUCUAUAUCAAGCCAUCUGCAAAAGAUGAAGUAGAGAUUAAUAAAGGGGUAUCAUUGCUCAUUUCAUCCAUAUCACCAAUGCUGAAUCCUUUCAUAUAUACCUUAAGGAAUAAGCAAGUUAAACAGGCCUUUCAAGACUCACUGAAAAAAAUUGCAUUUUUCUCUCAGAAAUAA